CAUCCUCCUCCUCCUCCUUCUAACUUCUCGUCGACGCAGCGCUCGGCUCAGUUUGUUUUGGACUGCGUACGGAGAACAUGUCUGUCCUGCACGGAGCUUUUCUACCCAUCUUCGUCCAUGUGUGCCUGCUCAACUGGAGCGUUUGGGCCAAGGUGGAGCUGACUAUGGAUGAGAGCGUUGAGGUGUACCUGGGCGACGUGGCUGAGAUCCCCUGCCAGUACAGCUUCACCGACGCCAACAACGAGCCCAGCUUCGUCAUGAUCCAGUGGUUUGUGAGAGCCGUGGGAAACACCUCACGGAUGCGGAUCUUCUACGGCGACGACAGCCAGCAGAUGGUCGACAACAACACGGACUACAGCGGACGCAUCGAGGUGACUUCAGACCAGCAGGGAAGUCGACUCAUGAUCCAGGACGUCCAGCUCAAAGAUGAACGGGAAUUCUUCUGCCAGGUGAACGGGCUGGCUGCCGGGACCGCCGAGGGCAAGACCCACCUCCGAGUGUUUGCUCCUCCACAGGCUCCGGUCAUUGAGGGCGUAACUUCUGGAAUAUCUGUGACCAACGAGAUGCCGUCUAAGGUUGCAUCAUGUGAAGCUCGAAACGGGUUCCCUAAACCCAACAUCACCUGGUACAGGAACGGCACGCCACUCAUGUCUGCACCUGGACAUGUGAACGUGUUGACUCUGGUCACAAGAGAGUCCAGCGGUUUCUCCUCGGUCCAGAGCACUCUGGAGUACAAGGUGGUGAAGGAGGACAAAGACGCUCGUUUCUCCUGUGAGGUCAGCUUCUUCGUACCGGGAGCCAUCAGGACGACCGAGUCACACAGCGUCAACAUCACCGUCCACUACCCCACCACCAUGGCGGAGCUGUGGAAGGAGUCGCCCCAGGGCCUGGUCAAAGAGGGGGAUACCGUGGAGCUGCGUUGUCAGGGAGACGGCAACCCCCCGCCGCCCUUCGCCUUCAAAAGAGAACAAGCGCUGGACGUGGACUUGAAGAGCCGCGGCGACGUCUUGACUCUGUCGGCGGUGUCUCGUAAAGACAGUGGCAUCUACCAGUGUCGCCCUAAGAAUGCCACCGACUCCAGCGACGUCAAAGGAGAAAUGCAGCUCACUGUGCACUACUUGGAUCCAGCUGUUGUGGUGCCCAAAGACUCCGAGGUCAUGUUCAAAGGAGAAGGUCUGACGGCAUCCUGCAACGCUCUGUCCUCCCUCAAAACAACCACCGUCUGGUACAAGGAUGGGAAGCAGGUAGGUCAGGGGAACACGUUACACCUGCAGGACGCCGACUAUGAAACCAGCGGAAAAUACAUCUGUGAGGUGACUGUUCCCUCGCUGCCGGCCCUGCACACCAGAGGCUCCGUCCACAUUAUCGUCCAGGGUGGUCCUCAGCUGGUGGGUCCGGAGCAGGAGGUGCAGCUGGAGGAGGCGGCCGGCCGGAUGGUGAACCUGAGCUGUGAGGCUCAGGGACAUCCACUGCCCAGCAUCUCCUGGAACAUCAUCGGCAGCCAGAACUGGGUGGAAGUGUUGAACAAGGCCAACGAGCACAUGGCUCACAGUGUGGUGUCGGUCAAAGUCACCUCGGACAUCAGCGCUCAGUGCAACGCUUCCAACAACAUGGGCACCGAGGUGAAGGCGUUCAGCAUCAAAGCCAUUCCCAGGGUCACCACGACCGCCCCCUUCUCUCCGGCGGAGGGCAGCGGGGUGAUCAUAGUGGUGAUCAUACUGAGUCUCCUGCUGCUGGCCUUCCUCGGCAGCGUCAUCUACUUCCUGCACAAGAAGGGGAAGAUUCCCUGCGGACGCUCCGGCAAACAGGAGAUCACCAAAGAGAAGACCACCAAAGAUGACAUUGUUGUGGAGAUGAAGACCAACACAAAGAACGAAGAAGCCGUCCUCCUGAAGGCCGUCAACGGAGACAAGAAGGGCCCCAACGACCAGUAAAUCCUCGAUGGUUCAGGAAACAUGAAGCUGGCGGUCGGUGAGAGUCGCUGAUCUGAGAGCUGCUGGACGACACACCUCACCGUCUGGACAUUCCCCCAUCAUGCUUUGUUCUGAGCAGUAUUCAGUAGAUUCACACACAUAUACACACACACACACACACACACACACACACACACACACACACACACACACACACACACACAGGUAUGUAUGUACAGAACUUCCUUUCCGAACGAAUGUUUUUCUUUUUCUACUUUCCUCCAACUGUGUUCAGCUCGUGUAUGAUGAUGCUUCCUACCCGCAUCGUCGUUUUCGUUUUCUUUUUUCUUAAUGAAAGUGUAUAUAUUAUAUAUAUUUUGUUAUUUAAGAUAUUUUGGCACUCGGGUUUUCAUCCUGUCUGGUCUUGAGCUCUUUGAUCCGUGUCGGUGAGUUUCUGAGUCCUGAAGGAGGUUUAAACAUCAGCGCGUUCAAUUGGUUUAAAAAAAAAAACAAACCUUGAUGUAAAUUGAAGUUUUGUGCUGGGCAGUCGGAGCAGUACUAAUCUGUAGAACACGCUCACACUGGCGGCUUUUCUCCUGCAAACUGCUGUGGAGUUCUUGUACUGUUUGUAAAUAGGUGUCGUGUACAGACAAGGUCCUCAAUUGAUUUUUUUUGGUAAACGAGGUGUUGAUUUAUCCUCAUCAAGGUCAUUGGAUAUGAAUUCGGCAUUAGACAGUCAAAUGGAAAACAGACAGAAAUAAGCAAAUCCGUUCUCAGCUGUAAUAGUUUCCAUGAAGAGCUAGAUGAUGGAGUGAGGGGAUGGACGGACGGAUGGAUGGUUUGGUUGGUUGGCUGGAGCGGGUGUGAGCUCAACACUAUGUAGUGUAAUUUCUCUGCUGCACACACAAACAAACAGUUUAAAAGUUAAAGGACUAAUAGACUCCCGGCACCAACCAAACCGGACACACAGCAGCGAUGGUGAUGAGGGCUUAUUGAUCUGAUGACGUGACCAGAGGCACGGGUAGUGUGUGUGCAUUUUCUUUUUUGAAUAUAGCUAAUGAGCUAUAUUAGCUAUGAAAAAAGGUCCAACAUUUCGUCAUCUGCUGUGCCUGUUUUUGUUUUUGUUUUCAGAAUACACUGAAUUUGUUGAAUCUGUCGGUUUGCUCUGUGUUCUUUCUUUGUGUUUCCACUGAGAGCUGUUGGUCAGAAGAGGAAGAAGAAGUGAAUCAGUGCAGGUUUGGCUCGUUUACACGGUGCAGGAGGCAGACUUUUAGGUUCCAUUUUGGCUUGAAGAAUCAGCUUUUAAAGACUUCUGUUCCAUUUUUGUGUGAAUUUUUUGUUGUUGUUGAGGCUUUGUGACAGUUUCAUGGAGACACUCCACAUUUUGACCAAAAAAACUAAAAGUUCAACCAAGUUUGAAGUCUUUACAAACUGAUUUUUCAGGCUGUAUAAAAAAUAUAAAUCUUUUUAAACAACCUUGUGUUUUUCCAACCACUUUCUGCUAAUCUGAAGGUAUUUCAAGAAUCCUCUAAGACGUUUUCAUUCACCUAGAUUUUUAAAAAAAUCUGCUUUUAAAAACAAAAGACUUUUAAACCCAUUUUCCACUUGUUUUGCAUCCUACAAAUGUGACAGAUCUACCCCUUUUAGGUCAAAUAAACCGUCGCUGUCACAAAACGGACGCUGCUUUAUGUUUAUUUUACAUAAAAACAUCUUAAAGUUGCGUUUUUGUCCACACUUUUAUGGCACAUUGCUGCUAUUUUGACCCAGAACACUAAAACUGAAAGUAAAUUUCAAGUUUUUACAAACAGAUUUUUCCAGCUGUGUAAGAAAUCCAAAUCUUUUUAAACACCAGUUUCCAGGUGAUCAAACCAUGGAGGUUUUUUGAUCAAAUUUAAUGUAAUGAAAGUCUCCUUACUAUCCAAAACACGACCCAAAAGCGGUAAAUUUGCCACAUUUGUGGGAUGCAAACCAGAAUUGAUCCCUUCAGUAUCUGCUAACAUUUUUCAUUUUUUACUUGUUUGAUGUAAAACAAGUUGAAAAUGGGUUAUAAGUCUUUUAUUUUGAAAAGUAUAUUGUUUUUUCAAAUCUAGGUGGGUAAAAAAGUCGUAAAGGUUCUUGAAAUACCUUCAGAUUAGCAGAAAGUGGUUUUAAACAACCUUUUGGGUUUUCCAAAGAUUAAUAUUUUUUAUACAGCUUGAAAAAUCUGAUUUUAAAGACUUGAAAUUUGCUUUCACUUUUAGUUUUACUGGUAAAAACAGCAGCAGCGCUUCAUAAGAGUGUGGUUGUCUCCAUGAAACUGUCACAAAACCUCAACAACAGUAAAAAAUACAAUUUUAAUGCAAUUUAAAGGUAUUUUUUUUAUAUCAAAUAAAUGUAAAGCAGCGUCCAUUUGGUCAUUUUUAUCACUGCUUUAAGUCCCACACCAACAAUUUAUUUGGCUAAAAAGAAAUUCCAGAUGAUCUUUGAUAAACUGCAGAGGUUUGUUGAUAACGUUUUACACAAUAAAGCUCUCCUUUCUAUCAAAAAUACAACCCAAAGUGCAUUUCCUACUUGUUAGAUGUAAAAGAUGUACAAAAUGAGUUAGAAAGUCUUAUUUUGAAAAGCAGAUUGUUUUUUAAAAAUCUAGCUGGGUACAAUAGUCUUAAAGAUUCCUGAAAUACCUUCACAUUAGCAGAAAGUGCUUUUAAGUGAGCUUGUGUGUUUUCCAAAGGUUAAUACUUCACUAAAGUGACUCAGAUGUGACUUUGAUCUCGUCCCUCAGCCGACGCUAAACCUUCCACAUCUGCACACAAGCGCUGAUUCUCCUCUGCAGGCCGGCGUUGUGAAUAGUUUUCACUGUGUACUCUAGUUUUUUUUUGUGAUAAAGAUAUUUUUUGGGUUGCUGAGCGCUACUUUGCCCCGAUGACUUGCAACAUUAAGCGGUUGUGUUUGUUGUUUCUCCACUGAGCUGCAGAUAAAUCGGGUUCAGGACGUCUUCAGUCUGACCACCAAGACUUUUGUUUGAACGCAGCUUUCAUUAUGACGGCUCUGAUUUUAUUUUAUUUUCACCAGUGGGGAAUGUUUUGUUUUCUAAAUGUGUGUAAAUUAAGAACCUGUACAUGUGAUUCUUUGAUGCUUGCGUUUGUUUUGGUUUUUUUUUUAUAUUUUUUGCAAAGAAAAUAAUGCCAAAUAAAAAAUUUUCAUUUAAAA